ACACGACUCUAUAGAUAGUAAUAUGACUACAUUCGCACUAUUCAACUACAAAAAUCAAUUUGUAAAACUUUCUUCUUGUUUUACUUAACUUUUAUUAAUCUAUAUCCUUUUUAAUACUAGUUAACGCUUUUCUAGUCAAACUCUUAUUUAAUAAAUUGUUAAUCAAACAUAGUUACAUAUUGUUACAUAUUUAUGAAAUUGUUUAAGAAAGAAUUUGAAUAAUGGCUUCAACUCUUAAAAAAAAGCGUUCUGAAGAUUCUUUAAUGUCUAACACUAAUCCUCGAAAACGCAGACGAGACAAUAGUGUACAAGAUUCAACAUUAUCAUUACCUGUUUAUGAUUAUCAUGAUGACAGUGAUUUUGAUGAAGCAUUCAGAAACCUUUUACGCCCUGUUGAGAUAAUUGCUAAAUCUAAUCCCUACGACUAUAAUUUACUUAAAGAAUUAGAUUCAUAUUUAACGUAUCUAAAAAGAUUACAAAGAGAAGAAUACAUUAACUUUAUUGAAGCUGCCAUGAUGUUACAAAAUGUUAUGUUAAUUUAUCAAAAAAGGGUCGAUCUUGUUGUUGAUUUUAUGAUGAAACUCAUUGGAAAAUUUCGCGCUUAUAGAGUUCAUCAAAAUAAUGGGUAUAAUGGUGAUAUUGAAGCAGAACAUGUUGAAUGCAAUAAAAAAAGAAGAAAUGAAAAAAGAAUAAAAUAUUAUACAUCCUUUGAACCUAUAAAAGAACAAGUUUUUGGAAUCUUAAGGAAUUAUGACUGUAAAAUUAUCAACUUGAAAAAAUUACCAUGUAUUCCUAAAUUAGUGGCUAAUGCCAAUAUAAAGGUAAACAACAAACUCAAUGAAAUUUUACCUUAUAUACCAGUUAAAAACAGUGAAAAUAUUGGAAAAAAAUAUAAUUAUUCGCUAAAUAACCACUUGUCUCGUGAUCUAGUAGCAAAUUUUGAAUAUGAUUGCCAUAAUAUUGAUAAAACAGAAAAUAUUAUUCCGUUAAACUCACUGUCAAUAAAUCAAAUAGAUAGAGAUUCAAUUGCUCCAAAUGAACAUCUUCCACCUGAACACCACCGUGGUACUGUUUUAUCUGAUGAAACUAUUCAUGAGUUUUUUGUUCCUAAUGCAAUAACAACUACAAACUCGCAAAAUGUUUUGAAUGUUAGUCAAAUACCAGAAAACAAUAUUGAUGCAUGGAUUACAGUUCAUGAUUCCAAAUCAGAUAUUUAUUUAGACAGACCUAUUUCAAAAAAAAAAAAAUUAAAAGAGUUGAAAAAUAAUAAUGGAGUGUGGCUGCCAACAUAUGUAGUAUCUGAAUUAUUUAUGGAGAUGUUUAAAUUAAAAACUGGACUUGGUGUUGAUCCUGCAUUCAGGAAAUUAGUAGUAGACGCACAAAACCGACAGAAAUCUGAUAUUUCCAAGAAAAACUUUCAACAUAAAAAGGAAUCUGAUGAUCUUAUAGUUGAAAACAAUAAUGAAGACUUUGAUGAAAAAUUGUUGAAUGGUGGUGGUUUUGGUGGUUUUGAUGAUGUAAUCUAUCAUGAAGGUAUAUUUUUUAAUAUAGAACCAGAAGUAGAAAGGCUAGAAGUAAUAGAAAAUUUUCAAACUUAUAAAAAAAAUGUGGAGGAUAUGAAAAAACACGAACAAAACCAAAUUGAUUUAAUGGAUGAACAAUUAAAAAUGUGUAAUCGUGUGCAAGCAUGGCAUGAAAUUUUAUGGCCAAUAUUGGAAAAUGAAGAAAGAAAAACACCAUUUAAUGUACAUGAUUAUGGAACCAAAAUAUUAAACUGUUUCAACAGUAAGGGUGAAAAAAAGUCAUUUGAACAAUUAGUGUCAGGUUUAAAACAAGAGGAAGUUGCUAGAUAUUUCUUAUCUACUUUAAUGCUGGCAAAUACAUAUAAUUUACAUAUAACUAAACAAACUCAUGAUCCAUUAAAUAUUGGCAUAAUGGACAUAGAACUAUUAAAAAAAGAAAGACACCAUGAAGAACUUCAAAAUAGUGUUCAGACUAAUUUUAGUUAUUAAGUUCCUAUAAAGAUUAGUUUUAUUACUUUGUUAAAUUUUAAACAAAAUAAAAUUUUUUGUUUUUUAUUUUAUAA